CCUUGUGAUUUUCUAAGCUCUUAAUUUUUUGUUGGAAAAAAGCAUAUUUGCUCCAGUAGACAAAAAUGUUAGCCUUCAACAUCUUGAAAACCAGACUAAGUUCUCAGCUCAAGACUCAAUUUAGAUUUGCGUCGUCAUCGGCUAAAACUCUUGACCCAGCAAAACUUACUAUUCGUAAUGGUCCUGUGUUCAACGGUCUUUCAUUUGGUUCUCCAAAGACCGUUUCUGGAGAAGCUGUUUUUACCACAUCUCUUGUUGGUUACCCAGAAUCCAUGACUGAUCCUUCGUACAGAGGACAAAUCAUUUGUUUCACACAACCAUUGAUUGGAAACUAUGGUGUUCCAUCGGGAAAUGCUCGUGACGAGUACACGUUACUGAAGUAUUUUGAGUCUCCUAAUAUCCAGUGUGUUGGUAUUGUUGUCACCGAUGUCGCUUUAGAAUACUCUCACUGGACGGCAGUCGAGUCCCUGAGUGCAUGGUGCCAAAGGGAAGGUGUUGCUGCAAUAACUGGUGUUGACACUAGAGAGUUGGUCACAUACUUGAGAGAGCAAGGUUCUAGUUUAGCAAGAUUAAGUGUCGGAGAUGACUCUUCCGCUGAAUUUUACGACCCAGGUUUAGUUAAUAUGGUUAGCAAGGUCACAACAAAAGAACCUUUCCACAUUCCCGUUAAAAAUGCAAAACAUCACGUUCUUGUUGUUGAUUGUGGUGCAAAGGAAAAUAUAUUGAGAUGCUUAGUGUCAAGAGGCGCUGCUAUAACUGUUGUUCCUUAUAAUUACCCAAUCCAUAAGGUCGCCGAUAAGUUUGAUGGUGUUUUCAUCUCAAACGGACCUGGGGAUCCAAUAUAUUGCUCUGAAACAGUUGAAAAUUUGAAAGAUCUCAUCAAAAGUCAACCUGAUUUACCAAUUAUGGGUAUCUGUAUGGGCCAUCAAUUACUCUCAUUAGCAGCAGGCGCAAAAACCUUGAAGUUGAAAUACGGUAACAGAGCACACAACAUUCCAACACUGGACAUGACAACGGGCAAGUGCCACAUUACAUCGCAAAACCAUGGUUACGCAGUCGAUGCUACCACCCUACCUUCUGAUUACCAAGAAUAUUUCAUCAAUUUGAAUGAUUUAUCUAACGAAGGUAUGAUGCACAAAGAGAGACCUAUUUUCUCUGUGCAAUUCCAUCCAGAGGCUAAAGGUGGGCCACUGGACUCCUCGUUCUUGUUCGACAAGUACUUCGAACUCUUGGACAAGUACAAGGUUAGCGGCAAAGGCAAAGAUUUGGGAGACCUCUCAUCCAAAAACCUGGCGGGCGCUAGGGUUUGGUAAGUUCGUACGUAAACCAGGACAUCUUUUAUAACGCUAUAGAAACAAAUCUCAAAUUUAAUAAUAAUGGAAUGAAACUACGUUUUUCCCGC